AUUUUCCAAAUAGAAUUUCGGGUUCGAGACGGUGUAUUCGAUUUUUAAAAUAAAUCAAAUAACUUUGUGUUAUAGUGUAUCUAUGCAAAAUUUAAAAAUAGAAUAUGUCGGGUAGAGUGUCCUUAUUCGAUUUUUAAAACAAAUAUAAUAAUUUUGAUGUUAUAGUGUAUCUUCGCAAUUGUAGUAUAUAAUUUGAAAAUAGACCAUAGACUAUAGAGUGUCGAAUGUACGUAUAACCGUUUGUAAAUAACAGUGUGGUUUUGUUUUUUAACACUGCUGGCCGAACGCGUUCCAUUUUUGAAUUAGUUUCGCGGUGUGAGUGAUGACGAUGGGGAAAAAGAAAAAUGGAAAAGGCGGGAGUCGUUUUUUCCGUUGGAUCAAAAGCGAUCUGCCCGAUGAAGAAGAUAAAAAAUCACCAGUUCUCCUUCUAGGAGUGAAUAAAAUAUCUGACUCCCCAUUUGCAAGAAGGCGUCAUGAUCCACAAACCGGUUCAAUACGCUUCUUCAGGCCUCCUAAGUCCAAAUAUACAAGAGGAUUAAAUGGUGAUGAAAGACUGGAGAAAAUUAGAAAGGAUCUCCUCCUUCAUAAACACAAGCCUGACAUAUACAUUCCUAAUAUAAGACAGACCAAAGACAACUGUCACAGACUCACGUGUAUCGGUAGCUGUAUCUGUGACGCAUCAGAUAGAGGCUCGUUCUCCUUCCACAGACCUAGUUCUGAAUUCAACGAAAUAGAAUUCAAAUACACAGAGCACAUUCCAGAAAACCAACCAUCCAGCAGCAAAACAUCGUAUAAUAUAACUCCUAAAUCGACUGAGCGCAGACAUUUCCUACUAUCAAAUUUAAAUGAGCGUUUUCGUAAGACACUCAGCUUGGAUUCGCGUAAAAUUGAUAGACUGGAUAGGCCAAAAUCUAUAGCCACCAGUAAUAUAGAUAAAGAAGGGUUAGUGCAUCCAAAGAAGAAGAGGAAGUCAUUUUUCUCACUCGACACGUUCUUUGAUAAGAAAUCGGAUACCUCGUCAAUAGAUGAUUUCUGUUCGUCGAAGUACAAAAGAUUUGAAUUGGAAACUGAUGAUUCGCCAAUACUUAAAACUGAUAGAAAGAACACGAGGUGUAAAUUGGAGAAAUUAGAAGACCAUUUCUAUAAGAGUCUGAAACAGAAUGUGGUUGAUGCUGUGCCAGCUGAUGCGUAUGAGGAUGAUGUUGAAUAUAUAGAACCUAUAAGUAAUUUCACAAGUCAGAGCACAUUGAUUUUUGAUAGAAACGAUAAGUUAGACGCUAAAUUGGAUAUAAAAGCGUACGAAAUUGUCGUGCAAGAAACAGAUUUGAGUCCAACGCAUCUAGUAGUCAAAGUUAUGGAUAAGUCAGUAGACUCAAUAGGAAGUUGUUCGUUGGAUGUCGACGCGAGCACUGAUUUCUCAGAUACCACAUCGGGAAGUCUGAACAUCCUCACACCAUCAUCAACCACAAGCCGUAUUAAAGAAUUCACGUCGCGAAUACAAGAGAGAGCUGGUACUCUGCAACCGAACCUAACUCCCACUCCAUUUACACCACCCAGAACACCAGAAAGACCAGACCUUCUGAAACCCCCAAAAAUCGUGAUUGAUACUUCGAGUCACAGAUCCCGGAGCCAUCUUAAAAAACGCGACGAGCAUAAGAAGCCCAGCUACCUGAAUCUGGCCUGUUCAGUCAACGGUUACACGAAUCUGACGACAUAUGAUUCCAAAAUUCGCCAGGAUAUCAACAAGAGUCGUGAAGCGUCACCCAUACGGCCAAUAACACAUUAUCGAACUGAUCCCCUGCUAGUACCCAUUCCAGUAAGUGCGAACAAAUUGGUUGUACCAACGUUCCCUCAUGAUACCAAUUUGACGUCCAAGGCGCCGAGCAAGGCGCACACAGACCCAUACUUAGCCAACACAUUCAUGGCGGCAGAAAAUCGCCAGCUCAAGAACGACUUCCUCGGUACAAUGACGACAAAAAGCUAUAUAUCAUCAGAAAGCAAGAGCUUCUCCUCCAUACAGAAGGAUGAGGUGGAUCAGGUCUUCAAAUGCAGUUACUCUGAAACUAAUUUCAUAUCCGGAAAGGAGUUUUCGGAGUAUACCAUAACGUCGAAUGAAAAGCGAGUCGAGAUCACCAAGGAGAAUGGGGAGAAGCUAACCAGUCCAAUGAAAAGUUUCAUCCAACAGAGGGUGGAGAGGCUGUACGGCCCUGGUGCGUUGGCACAAGGAUUCUUUCAGCGGCAUAAAAGCGACGACAUCCUGACAGAGAAAUCUCUAAACUGCCAAAGCCCUGAGCGAGUCAAAUCGACUGAGGAAACCAGCCCCAAAGACCUUCCAGUCUUGAGACACUUGAGACCAGAAUUUCGUGCACAACUACCAAUAUUAUCGCCCAGGAAAUCUAAAAUUGAUUCGCCCAAGUCUGAAACUAGUGAAGUCAACAUUGAAGUAAUCGAGAAUGGUAAAACCGUGAAUGAAGUGAAUGGUGCUAAAAGUGAAGUAAAGAAUGGCGAAACUGUGAAAGAUGCAUACUAUUUCCUGGAUUUGGAGAAGAAAGAGACAGAGAGGCUGCUCGCACUUUCAGCUGGGGCUGAAAAGGAAUUGGAAAGCUUACAAAACCAAGAAAAUAUAAGUGAGGAAGUGCUGGGUCUACUCCGAGCUGCCUCAGGGAAAGCGAGGCUUCUGGCCACACAGAAAAUGCAGCAGUUUCAAGGUCUCUGCUAUAACAAUAUAAAUGAAUGUGGAGAUGAACAGUUCCCAACAACAUUGGAAGACCUCCAAGGCUUCUGGGACAUGGUGUUGCUCCAAGUUAGGAAUGUCGAUGCAUUAUACUCUCAUUUGGAUAGUUUGAAAGCAAAUAAUUGGCAAGAGAUUGCACCACCACCAUCCAAACCCCCAGCAACACCGGCCCGGAGUAAAGUGGCUCGCACUCCCCAAGUGAAGAAUGAGAAGGCGCGUCUGGCAGCCGAGAAAAGAGAGGCUGACAGGAAAGCGAUGCUGGAACAUAGGAGGCGUGUGGCUCGCGAGCGUCAGCUAGCAGCUCGGGCUUCGACUCCCGGACAAAGCAACGAAACGGACCAUUGUAUGUCCGUUGAAGGCAGUCAGGAAGUGGAAAUAUUUGUCGGCAAAAGUGCGCCAAAAGUGAUACCUCAAGGCGAUUGUCCAAGCACGACUCAGUCUGACGAUUCUCUACGCAGCUGAUUUAUGGAAGCGUAAAAAAAUCAGUUGCCACAAUUAGGUUGUCAAAAGUCAGUGUCAGAUGUCGAAGCGUAAACGGUUGUCGGGAGUUGUCAAAAAUAUUCGCGGUCAAAUGUUUGUCUAUAGCUGUUAAAGCGUUAAGUGUUCGUAGGUUUGUCAAAGUUUUUCUUACAUAAAGCGGUAACUGCAUGAUUUACUAUGCUAUUUGUCAAAAUUAUUGUCAACUUUCGGAUAUCAUUUGCAGUUUUCUCACAAUUUUCAACUAAUUUUGAUGGUUUGACAUAUUUGAUAAGUUUUUUGUCAUCUGUCAUCGCUUUGACAGUUCUCAGAAUGGGAAAAGUACAAUUUUAUACGGAUUAAUUUAUGUACCUCGAUGUGUUAGUAUCUGAUUUCUUUAAAUUACGAAGCGUGAACAUCUGUCAGCUGUCAUCGCUUUGACGUGUAAGAUUUGCACAUCUUUAGUCAACUGUCAGUUGUCAAGUGUUUGUUUUACCUUAAAAUACUAAUAUAAGCGUUGACUUCAAACUCAAACUUACGUGAUACUAAACAUAUUAUAAAUCUCAAACCACUUUAUAGUAUAUUAUUUUAUUAUCCUAUAUAAAUUUUCUCUCAGAGGAAAACUUUGCCAAAAUUAUGAAAAAUAGUAAAAUUUUCGAUUUAAGCAAUUUUAUCAUAUUUACUAGAGUCCAAAUAUGGCGGCUUUUAUCACUUAACACAUCUGAUACAUGCCAAAAUUCAUUCAUAUUUGUUUAGUGUAACUUUAUAUCUCUAACGGCCUAUAUAGCCUUCUCAUAUAGAAACGAAAAUAGUGUUCGUAAUAUAUUUAGAUAAUAGCACAAAAUGCAUAAUAUAAAGAAAAAAAAUUCAUUAUAAAUACUGAAUUUUUCAUGAUUUUUUUUUAUUCCUAUAGACAGCCCAAAUAUUUAAUUAUUUUUAAGUGUAUCAAAUCCCGUAUAUACAAUUCACUGCUUUAGUCUUGUAAUAUGCACUGUUAAUGUCUUCAAAUCUGGCAAAUGUCUGUCAAACAGUUCAAGACACCUGCCAGACAUCUGACAGUUUAAUGUACUGUUUUUGAAAUUAAUAAUGAAAAUCGCUUAAAUGUUAUGUAUAUGCGAUGUAAGUCUUUUUCUAAAUCUGACAUUAUUCAUUCACUGUCAACAUUUAAUUUAUUUCAGUUUAUUGUACUGUUUUUGAAAAGAAUAAUGAAAAUCGCUCCAAUCUUGUGUAUAUGCGAUAUGUGUUUUUAAGUCUGACAGAUGUCAUUCACUGUCAAAAUAAUUAAUUCCAGUUUAUACGAUGAUUAAAAAAAAAGAUAUUACGAUAAUUGCCGCUUAAAUCAUGUGUAUAUGCAAUGAAAGUCUAUUUUUAAAUGUGACAGAUGUUUUUCACUGUCAAAAUAAUGAAAUUCAGUUUUUGUUAGUACUGAUAAUGAUGAUUUAAAAAUAUUCCACUUAAAUCUUGUGCGAUGUUAGUCUGUUUUCAAAUCUGACAGAUGUCAUAAACUCUCAAAAUAUAAUCUGUGUAAUGAAUUUCAGUUUCUGAGCUUUUUUUGACAAUAUUGCGUUUAUAUUUAAGAUAAUAUUUGACUGGAUGAUUUGUGUAUAAUAUUGCAACAAGGAUUUAUCAAUGUUUAAAUGCUAUCUCAAUAAAUUAUUGUUUAUGA